GUGGCGUGUCGGUCAAUCAUGGAUGAAAAGCAGAUCCACAAACGCUGUCAAGGCCAUAGUGCCAAUAAUUCAACCGAUUUUAUGCCGACCUCUAUUGAGGAUGGUCCUCAGCUUGCUGCCGAUGAAACCGUCGACAAGAAUGGGAUCAGGCUUCAUCCGCAACCUACAUCCGAUCCGCUGGACCCUUUGAACUGGUCAAGUCUCCAAAAACAUGGAAUUCUAUCUAUUGUCAUGCUCAAAUAUUUCUUGUUUACGUACCUGACCACAACCACGGUCCCAUCCUUCACAGAGAUCCAAACUCAAUAUUCCAUCAGCUAUUCCCAAGUCAAUUGGACUGUUGCUAUCCCGGCGCUUGGCCUAUCUGUUGGUCCUUUGAUAUGGACUUCGCUCAGUGACAUUUACGGUCGCCGACUUAUCUUCUUAAUUGGUACGGUUAUUGCCUUGGUCUCGACAAUCGGAGCGGCAGUAGCAGACACAUACGCAGGCUAUAUGGCUGCUCGGUUUUUCCAGGGAUUUGGCGUGAGCCCUGCUUCAACUGUUGGCAUGGCUGUUGUGAAUGAUCUAUUCUUCGAAUAUGAGCGGGGACAAAAGCUGGGCUUGUGGGUGUUGGCAAUUGACUCUGGACUUCUACUGGGGCCGACCUUUGGUGGCUUUCUGAAUCUCGUCAGCGCUGCGUGGAUCAACUGGUUCAACGCCAUUCUAUUCGCAUGUCUCUUGGUUUUGGAGGUAUUAUUCAUGCCUGAGACCUUAUAUCCUCGGCAAAGGAUGCUACUUCAAUCCCAUGUCGUGGAAGGUAAACCGCCUCUUGUAGCAGACAUUGAAAAGCAAGUAGCAGAUCAAAGCCCCGCACCCCAACAGCCGGUUUCAGGAGAGCUUCCCUCCGACGGGCUACCCAGGACAAAGAAACUUCCAUUUAUGAACUUCAUGCCAGUUCCUGGAAUGCGCCAUCCAAAGCCCUGGGACUCGAUAACUCGUUUCGUGCUUACGUUCCAAUUCCCUGUAAUCGUGAUUGGAGUUCUCGGGUAUUCAUUUGUUUGGUAUUGGUGGAUUCUCUCCAUUAUCACCAUGGUACCCGCAGCUUAUGAGAAUUACUCUCCACUCAUACAAGGGUUACUUUUCUUGGGUCUAUUUCUGGGGACAAUUGUCUCGGAAAUAUGCUGCUCGGGGCGGCUUAGUGAUUACAUUGUGGAACGACUAGCAAAGAGGAAUGGGGGUGUUCGCGUCGCAGAAAUGCGAUUAUGGUUGGCUUAUCCUGCUAUUUUGGUUACUGCAGUUGGCUCAAUUCUUUGGGGCGUCAGUCUCGACAAAAACUAUCAUUGGAUCGUUGGCCAGGUUGCAUUCUUCCUCUUUGCUGCAGGAGUCCAGGUUGGCAACACGGUCAUCAGCAGUUACAUUGUCGAUUGUUAUCCGUUGCAAUCGACCAGUGUAAUUACUUUCUACGCCGUGUUUCUGAACUUGAGUGCCUUCAUCAAUCCGUUUUUCAUUGCUUCUUGGGAAGCAUCGGUUGGCUGGACCUGGACUUUUACCACGCAGGCUUUGAUUGUUUUUGCUGGAGGUGGCCUGGUCUUCGGGGUUUUGCAUAAAUUCGGUGCAUCUAUGAGGGCAAAGGCACCACAACCAUCAUGGGUCAAUCCAGAGUAUGAUACAGGGGUUUAG